AUGUCGGAACAAGACUUGCAGAAGAACUCUUCGGCCCAGCCACAACCUCAAAAUGGUGAAGAGCCAAAGAAGGAGAAGACCCCAAAGCAGUUAGAGAAUGAGAGAAAGAAAGCCGAGAAGUUGGCUAAGUUCCUAGCAAAGAAAAAGAAGCAGGAAGAAGAAGCUAAGAACAAGAAGCCCUCCGAGAAGAAAGCAAAGAAGGACAAAAAAGUAGCUGAACCUGUUCCUGAAUGGAAGGAUGAAACGAAGCCCGGCGAGAAGAAGGUCUUGGCCUCUCUAGACGACGCUGCUUUCAAAGCGUACAACCCUAAGAAUGUUGAGAGCUCAUGGUACGCUUGGUGGGAAAAGCAAGGCUAUUUUGAACCACAGCUUGAUGAAGGCAAGAUCAAGAAGGAGGGCCAAUUCACGAUACCUGCUCCUCCUCCAAACGUUACAGGUGCUUUGCACAUAGGCCAUGCAUUGACCAUUGCCAUUCAGGAUACCCUUAUUAGAUAUAAUAGAAUGAAAGGUAAGACCACCAUGUUUUUGCCUGGUUUCGAUCACGCUGGUAUCUCCACUCAAUCGGUUGUUGAAAAGCAGAUGUGGAAGACUGAAGGAAAGACUAGACAUGACUAUGGCCGUGAAAAGUUUGUGGGAAAGGUUUGGGAAUGGAAGGAAGAAUACCAUGCUAGAAUCAAGAACCAAGUGAAGAGAUUGGGCGCAUCUUAUGAUUGGACCAGGGAGGCUUUUACAAUGGACCCUAAGUUAUCUGAGGCUGUAAUUGAAGCCUUCGUCAGAUUGCAUGAAGAUGGUACCAUUUACAGAGCAUCGAGAUUGGUUAACUGGUCUACGAAAUUGAACACCGCCAUUUCGAACCUCGAAGUUGAGAAUAAGACUAUCAAUGGUAGAACUUUGUUGUCCGUGCCCGACUAUGAUCAGAAGAUCGAAUUCGGUGUUUUGACCUCUUACUCGUACCCAGUUGUUGACUCCGAGGAGAAGAUCACUGUGGCCACCACCAGACCUGAGACCUUGUUUGGUGACACUGGUGUUGCUGUCCACCCAGAAGAUCCUCGUUAUAAGCAUUUGCACGGCAAGUUUGUACAGCAUCCUUUCUUGGACCGCAAAAUUCCAAUUGUUACCGACGCUGAAGCUGUGGACAUGACCUUCGGUACUGGUGCAGUGAAGAUCACACCCGCUCACGAUCAGAAUGACUACAACACUGGUAAGAGACACAACUUGGAGUUUAUCAACAUCUUGACUGACGAUGGUCUCUUAAACGACAAUUGCGGUGAAUGGAAGGGUAUCAAGAGAUUCGACGCUAGAUCCAAGGUCAUUGAGGAGUUGAAGAAGAAGGGUUUGUACGUUGACCAAAAGGAUAACGAAAUGACCAUUCCAACGUGCUCAAGAUCCGGUGAUGUUAUUGAGCCUUUGUUGAAGCCUCAAUGGUGGGUUAGACAGGAUGAAAUGGCUAAGGAAGCUAUCAAAGCUGUUAAGAGUGGCGAAAUUACCAUUACACCGCAGUCUUCUGAGAAGGAGUAUUUCCAGUGGAUGGAGAAUAUUCAAGACUGGUGUAUUUCCAGACAAUUGUGGUGGGGACACAGAUGUCCUGUCUACUUUGUCAACAUUGAGGGCAAGGAAGGUGACCCAUUGGAUAACAAUUAUUGGAUUGCUGGCAGAAGCUUCGAGGAAGCAUUGGAUAAAGCCAAGAAGAAGUUCCCUGAUGUCAAGUUCACCUUGCAGCAGGAUGAGGAUGUUUUGGACACAUGGUUUUCUUCGGGAUUGUGGCCAAUCUCAACAUUGGGCUGGCCAAACAACACUAAGGACCUCGAACUUUUUGCUCCAAUGUCCAUGUUGGAAACUGGAUGGGACAUUUUGUUCUUCUGGGUUUCCCGAAUGAUUUUAUUGUGUUUGAAAUUGACAGGCAAAGUUCCUUUCAAGGAGGUCUUCUGCCACUCUUUGGUAAGAGACGCACAGGGGAGGAAAAUGUCUAAGUCUUUAGGUAACGUCGUUGAUCCAUUGGACGUCAUCAGCGGUAUCUCUUUGGAACAAUUACAUGAAAAAUUGAAGGUAGGCAACUUGGAUGCCAGAGAAAUUGAAAAAGCUUCCGCCGGUCAGAAACAAUCCUACCCUAACGGUAUCCCAGAAUGUGGUACUGAUGCUUUGAGAUUUGCAUUGUGUGCUUACACAACAGGCGGAAGAGACAUCAACUUGGACAUUCUAAGAGUGGAGGGUUACAGAAAAUUCUGUAAUAAAAUGUACCAGGCCACCAAAUUCGUGUUGGGUAGAUUGGGCGGCGACUACAAGCCUCCAGCUACGCAUGCGAAGAAUGGUAACGAAUCUUUGGUUGAGAAGUGGAUUUUGCACAGAUUGACCCAUGCUACAAAGAGCUUCACAGAACAUAUUGAGAAACGUGAAUUCUCUGAAACGACAAGCGCCGUGUACAACUUCUGGUACGACUUGUGUGAUGUGUACAUUGAGAACUCUAAGAACUUGAUUCAGGAUGGCACUGAGGAACAAAAGAAAUCUGCCAAGGAUACUUUGUACACGUGUAUUGAUCAAGGAUUGAAGAUGAUUCACCCUUUCAUGCCAUUUGUCACUGAAGAAAUGUGGCAGAGAUUGCCACGUAGAGCUGGCGACGAAACUCCUUCCAUUACCGUUGCACAGUUUCCAGAAUACGAGCCAUCUUUUGAUGACAAGGAAUCGCAUGAUGCUUACGAAUUGGUGUUGGCUAUCACCAAAGGAGCAAGAUCUUUGCUUUCUCAAUACAACAUCUUGAAGAACGGUCAAGUCUACGUGGAAACCACCGAUGAGAAUGUCAGACAAAUUGCAAAAGACCAGGAAAAUUCCAUAGUGUCUUUGAUCAAGGGUGUCGAGAGGAUUGACGUCUUGGAAGCCAAUCAGCAAGUACCAAGCGGCUGUGCAUUGAACGGUGUCAAUGCCACCACCAAUGUUCAUGUUUUGGUAAAGGGUCAGAUUGACUUGGACGCUGAGAUCGCCAAGGUCAGCAAGAAAUUGAGCAACGUGAAAGAAUUGGACACCAAAUUGAAGGACUCCAUUAGCAAAUUUACCGAGAAGACCAAGCAGGAGGCCAAGGACGCAGCAUACAAGAGACAAGAGAACUUCAGAGCAGAGAUUGAAGGUUACGAGCAGACAAUUGCCAUUUUGGAGAAGUUGAAGCUUUAG